AUGGGGGGUAUGGGUAAAACAACCAUUGCCAAAGCCAUUUAUAAUGAAAUUGGAAGAAAAUUUGAGGGAAGGAGCUUCCUUCUGAAUAUAAGAGAGUUUUGGGAGACAGAUACUAAUCAAGUUUCACUACAACAACAGGUACUCUGCGAUGCUUACGAAACAACGACAUUCAAGAUACGUGACAUAGAAUCAGGGAAAAAUAUAUUGAAGCAAAGACUGGCCCAGAAUAGGGUACUUCUAGUGCUUGAUGAUGUCAGUGAAUUUCACCAACUACAGGUUUUGUGUGGAAGCCGUGAAUGGUUUGGUCCGGGUAGUAGAAUAAUCAUCACAACAAGAGAUAGGAAUCUUCUUAGAUCUUAUAGAGUUGAUCAAGUUUAUGAAAUAAAAGAAAUGGAUGAAAGCGAAUCUCUUGAGCUUUUCAGUUGGCAUGCAUUCAAGCAACCAAGUCCGAAAGAAGAGUUUUCUACACAUUCAAAUGAAGUGAUUGCUUAUUCUGGGAGAUUGCCACUAGCACUUCAAGUCCUUGGGUCCCGUUUGUCUGACUGUGAAAUAACAGAGUGGCAUAGGGUUUUGGAGAAACUCAAAUGCAUCCCUCAUGAUCAAGUGCAGAAUAAGCUAAAAGUAAGCUUCAAUGGUUUGAAAGAUGUAACAGAGAAACAAAUAUUCCUUGAUAUAGCUUGUUUCUUUAUUGGGAAGGACAGAAAUGAUGUAAUACAAAUAUUAAAUGGGUGUGGAUUUUUUGCUGAUAUUGGAAUUAAAGUUCUUGUAGAGUGAACCCUUGUAACCGUUGACAACAGGAACAAGCUUAGAAUGCAUGGUUUGUUGAGAGACAUGGGAAGACAAAUAAUCUUUGAGGAAUCACCGUUUGAUCCUGAGAAGCGUAGUAGGCUGUGGCGCCAUGAGGAAGUGUUUGAUAUAUUAUCAAAGC